GUGCGUAAAAUUAGGUUGGAAGCAUGAGCUCGAAUGGGUACGGCAUCAGCGGGCACAAGAACGCGUUCUCGUCGACCGUCAAGGUUGGCAACUACGUCGAGGACCAGUUUGGCGCGCAGCUCGCGAAAGGCAGCGUCGAGUGGCCGCAGCUCGGGCGGUCCGAGGUCCAAGACCACUUCUCCGACCCGCGCCUGAAGCCGCCGCCCGAAGACAAGCGCGGAGUGCACCACGAGACCGAAGCAUACGUGGCGCAGUCGGGGCUCUCAUACAGCCUUCUCUUUCCCCACGGCCCGUCGGGCAAGGAAGGCGACAGCAAAGAUUGGUGCACGACCAACCAGCUCCUCCACGGCUCGAACCGGAUUCCAACCCGCAAGGUCUUUGAGAACGGGUCCGAGAUUGGGCCCCACAGCAUCGACACGCGCUCCAAGCACGAAAAGUCCAUCGCGCUCCAGAAGAAGCUCGCGCGGGAGAAGCGCAUGGAAACGGCGUACGUCUCGUCGGCCCACGCGAGCUCGGCCCUCGUUCGAAAGAAGUAGCAGAUCUUCAUUUACGGUAUAUAUAUCCAAUUGGCUUGCAUUCGUCAA